AUGUGGCCUCCAGUACGUUAAAUUAUUUUAUAAAUUUUAUUUUAACAAUUUUAAAAUUACUCAUCAUUGAUCUGAAAUUGAUGGUAAAGAAUCAGUGAGGACCACAUAUACUAAUUCUUAUGUAAUAUUCAUUAUUAUCUUUUGACCAUUAAUUUCUGAUAAAUUUAUAUAAAUUAUUACUUUUAAAUUUUAAUUGCAAUUAUGUUUAUAAGGGUAUCCAUUAUUUUUGAAGUUGAAUAUUUUGAAGAAUACAAUUUGUUUCAAUACAUCUAAAAUUUGAUCUCGAUUGAUGAUCCUCCUAAACAGGGUGGGCUUCAACCUCAAAAGUUUUAUGAAAAAGUGAAAAAUUUUGGUUUUUAGGUUCUUUAAAAUUUGAAUGGUAUGAGAAGUUUGAUUGGAUCAUCAUUAUUGUAGAACUGAAUAACUCCUAAACAAAUUGCUUCUUUAUCAUUUUUCUUAAGUUCAUACGUACAUAUCUAAUCAAGAAUUUUCCAUUGCUCAUAAUUUAUGAAAAUUGCUUAGUUCUUUAAAUUACCCACUAAAAAUAUACAGAAAUUAUACUAUCAGAUUAUUCAUAAUUAUAAUGUAAUUUAUGUUUCUAAAAAUAAAAGUUAUUAAUAGGUAUAGAUUAUUUUUAUACAUUUAACCAUUUCUCUUAAAGUUGAGAAAAACAAAAUUUAAGUUUUCAAUUACCUUAAUGGUACCCCCUUUCAGCUGAAGUUUUCACAACUUUUUACUGUCUAAUGACUAGCUUUUUUGAUAAUCAUUAAUGGGUAAUUACUGAUGGAUUCAGAUAUUAAAUUAGUUAUCUAAUUUAACGAAAUGUCCUAUCAAAUUUUAUAAUGAUAUAUUUUUUUUCUUCCAAAAUGUUAAAUAGAAACUUUUUUUAUGGCUUUUUAUAGUCAUUCGUUUCAUUUAUUGUUGAACAUUUUUAUCUUGUGGAUAGUAGUGAAAAUACUAUGCACUUGACAGUUAAUUAAUAUAAAAAGUUAACAAUAAUUUUCUAAUUGUCACCUCAGAAAUAAUUUCAUCAAAUUAUAGAUUCCUGAUCGUAGUGAGAGAGCUGUUGGUUUUACAAUGCUGUUUAUUACUUCUUCUUUGUUCUUGUCUAUGAACACGUUUUUUUCUAGUAAACAUGCUCCGAUGUAUAAGUGGAGCAACUUUUCUGAAAACUCAAAUUAUUUAGAUUGUACUUUAAGAAGUUAUUUUUUGAUUUUUGACGCCAUUUUUUAAAUAAAAGCACAUAAGUGAAAAAAAACGUGGGAAAACAUACAAUUUCACGAUUUCAUUAUUUUAUAAAAACACGGACAACGUUUUUUACCAGAAAAAAUGAUCUAAUCAAAAAAUCACAGGACGCUCUUUUUGUUGCUUUUUUAAUUUUCUUUCUUAUGGUAUCAUCGCCAAAACAUUUGAGCUUUUAAGGAAUUUUAACUUUUGGGAUUUUUUUGCUAUAAUUUAGUUAUAAAUACACGUAGAGUCUUGAAACUUGGUAAUAAUACUUAUAUUGAACUUACCUAGAUGUGGUCAAAUUUCCCAAAUUAUCGGACAACUUUUUUUUUUUUUAAUAAGUGUUUUGAAAUCAAAUUUAAAUGAAAAUCGCAAAAAAAUAAAAAUAUAGCACUUCAAAUUAUUAUUAACACACUGCAUUUGGCAUCAUCUUAAACCAAGCAAUAGUUUAUUGUUGCUUAUGAAUAUAAAUGAAAUAACCUUAUUUUAGUUGGGAAGGUAGGAUAUCUUCCCAACUUCCCACCUAUAACAGUGGCUGCACCCAUGUGUGAAGUAUGUCUGUCUUUUUUAUACUAAUUUAACUCGACCAAAAACAAAUGAGAAUAUCUAUUAAUUGUUUACAACUCCACAAUUGCAAUUGCUCUUUGUGCAUAAAUCCAAUAUUUAAUGUAGGUAGCAUUUUAAAAUAAAUAAAUUUAUGUAAAACAGGAAUUCUAGUGUUUAUUAUAUAAUUAUGUAAAAAAUAUGCAUUCAACUUUAAUUAAUAUUGUAGGUAUUAUAAAAUAAUAAAAUUUAAUUUAUUUUUAAUUUGGCUAUAAAUUAAAUAAUUAAUUGAAUUGCCUUUGUUUUUAAAAACUGCAGUAUUGAAAACUAGGUAAUUAAUAAAAUUAAAAACAAAGUUUUAUCUUUUAGAAUACAUAUUAUUUACAGUUUAAUUAGUGAAAAUAAUUUAAUGAUUUUAAUUUUAUCUAACAUGGUACAAAAUAAAAAAAAUAAACAUUUUUAUGGCAGUAAAUAAGUUUAAAAACUUUAAUUUAUUAUAUUAAUAAUAUUUUAUUUUUACAGGAUAUUUCAGGAGAUUUUGGCUUAAAUAUUCUUGGGUGGCAACUGGAAAAAGAUCAACUUUCAAUUUUCAUAACAUGUGUUGUUGCUAUUAUAAUUUUAAUUUCAAUAAUCAUUGUGUUCAUAAUCUGGUAUUGUUGUUUUUGUAGAAAACAAACAGGUAAAAUUAUUAAUACACUAUGAAAAUGUUUUUUAUAAUAUUCUUAAUUGUUUUGUAUUUAUUUAGUACAAAAAGGGGAUGAAGAAGAACAAAGAAGUAAUACUCACAUGCCUGGGUAAUUUUGAUUAUGACAAUUUUUUUUCAAUAAUUUAAUAUGUAGUUACUUUUUUAAAUUUAAUGAACCUUAAAUCUUCAAGUUAGAUAGAUCAGUGAUUCCCAAUGUUGGCGACAUUGCCCCCUUAUUGACUUUUUAAUUUUGAAGGGAGUGAUUCUAGUGUGACUUUAAUUAUAAAAAUAAUUUGCUAUUAUUAAAUAUUAAUAGCAAAUUCAUAACUUAUCAAUGAAAUUUAUAUCUGCAUACAAUAAAAAAUAAUUUGAUAUUUUGUUAUAUGGAUGCUGAUAAGCUUUCUUUUAGUCCCAUUUUCAUAUGGAUAUUUCUGAUAAUUAUUGUAUAUUUGCAUUUAUUACAUGAAAUUAUAAUUUAGUGUGUAUGUAUGUUAUUUAUACCUAUUAUCAUAAUAAAAUUUCUGAAAAUAAAAUAUGAAAAAAUAUUUAUUUUUCACUUUAAUUAAAUGAUUGAUUAUACAAAUUAAACCAAUUUUUUUUUAAUUUAUUGAGUGGGGGUGGUGUGAGUUUUUGAAAAUCUAAAAGGGGCUUUGAGUAAAAAUGAUUGGAAAACACUGAGAUAGAUUAUAUAGACUGGUGAUUUAAUAUGAUCUAGAUUUAGUGGUCUCUAGCACACACUAUAUGAAUAUAUUGAGUUUUUUACUAAUUAUUGAAAUUAUAUAAAACCAAAAUAUGACAAUAUUUUUAUUUUUUUUUAAUUAUGACCUAUAAGUUGAAAUUAAUGUAUACAUAAUGACAUAAAAUAAUUCUCUAUAUUUCUUUUACAGAUACUCUACAGUAUAUUUAGACCCAAAAACUGGAAGUUUUGUAUACAGUAACCGUAUUGUUGAAUUAUUUCCUGAAAGAGAAGGUUCUCCUGACCAUUGGUUUUUUAAUGAUCGAGGAGAAGAAAUAAUGAGUACUAACACAGUACCACGCUCUGCUUCUGUACCACCAGCAAAGCAACUCCAGUCAUUUGUAAGUUUUUGUAAGAUUUAUUAUGAAUAAUUUAAAUUAAUAAUAGUUAAUGUUACAGGAUCCUUGCAUCCGUGAGAUAAAAGAAUUUAUAAGCAAUGAAACAUUUGACGUUCCGAAUUUAAAUUAUAUUGACAAUGAAACCCAAAAUGACCCUUGCCAUUUGCCAAAUGCUCUACCCCAGAUCUCUGAAUUCAACCCUCAUCAAUUUACUUCCAGCAGCAGUGAGUAUACAGUUAUCUAUUUAGGAUUUAAGAUGGGCUAUAAUUAAGUAUAAUUGGCUUUAGUUGCCUAUUGUAUAAUACUUUUUCACUCAUAGGAAACAAAAAAGUAAAUUGAUAAUAUUGGAAUAAAAGUGAAAUUUUAGUAUAUUUUGUGUGUAGCAAUAGGACAAAUAACUACUAGCUCCAAAAACUUCAUCAGUGACGCUGAGAUUCAUUCCAAAUUAUGUUACAAAAUUAUUUGGUUUUUUUAUAUAAAUACCCACCUACCAUUAAAUUUUGUUUUAAAGAUCUUAAGUUUGUAAAGUUAAAUCAUUUUUAAAUAUAAUGUAUUUAUGUUUAACUUUACCUUGAAUCCAACAAAAUUAUAUUUAUAGAUACCACUAGAGUGCCCUAACACUGCACUCUAGAUAUCACCCAGCCACCAAAACAUGUGUUCCAUCUACAACAUAAUGUGCAUAAAGUUUGUUGCCACUGCAUUUCAUCAUUAAAUGAAAAAGCUUAUCUUUCCAACUGGACACCAAUAAUUGUAGUAUUUUUGGUUAUUACAAUUUAUAACUAAAUACAAUUAAAAAUGUAUUAUUUAAAUUGCUUUCAAUAUUUUAUUUUAUCUGGUUGUAUGAUGCAUAUUAAUAUUUGAUACUGGUUUGUUCCAUCAAAUAUUUUUACAGGCUCAUAAAUUAAUAUUAUAUAUAUGUAAUAGGUGAUUCAUUAUCCAAUACUAUUUUUAGUUGAGAUUGAAUUUUUAUCUUUUGUAAAAAGUAUUUUUACAAAAGUAUUUUUUAGUAUUUUUUUUUCAACAUAUUCAAAAUAAUUACAAGCAAGGCAUUUUGUAACAUUUUUGAAAAAUACUUUCAAUGAUACUUGUCCUAAUAUGUUAUAUUGUGUUAUUGUUGAUAUCCCACUAACUGUUUCUUCAAUCUGACACUUAAAAGAAUAAUUUUUUAAUACAACUUUAAUAACCUUCACAUUUGUCCCAUCCAAUUCUUAAAAAUGUAUAGUUAAUAUUUAUUAAUUGCAUAUAAUGAUUUAAAUGAGUUAUAAUAAUUUGUUUCAGUCUUAGACAAUUGUCAUAAGUGGGACGGAAAAUCUGUUACACUGCGAACAAGAAGUCUUCCAACACAUGUACGAAAUAAAAAACGUCCAUUUUCAACAUCUGACAAUCUGUCAGAACUUUAUGCUAAGGUAUUAUAAAUUGUUUAUUUUGUGUAGUUUAUUGGACUAUACCUAUGAUAUGUUUAUUAAAUAAUUAUUUAUUUUCAGGUAAAUUUUAGUAAAAAAAGAAAAAACCGUAUGAGAAAUGAUGAAGCUGCCAUAAUUGCCAUGAGCAAAUCUAGAAGUCAAUUCCUCAACAACAAGGACACAGAUAUAUUGGUUGAUAAUGAGGCUGUUAUUGUAUAUGAUGAACGGACUGCUUUAUAA